AGAGCCUGAACGGUAUUGUGGGACGGAGGCGGAAUUGCAGCGGUUUCCGGAUCCCCUGGACUGUCCUAGGACAAGUGAGAAUAUAAGGGAGGAGAAGAGAAGUCUGUGUUUUGUAUUUUUGUCAGACGUUUACACCGAGUUAUUUUUCCAAGUAGCUGCAGGCAUGUCACAGUCUGGAGAAAAAGGCAAGUUCCCUGAGGCUGCUGGGUAUGUGGGCUUUGCUAACCUCCCUAACCAGGUACAUAGGAAGUCUGUGAAGAAAGGCUUUGAGUUUACACUGAUGGUAGUUGGAGAGUCUGGACUGGGUAAAUCCACUCUCAUCAACAGCCUGUUUCUCACUGACCUCUAUCCAGAACGCUACAUACCUGGAGCAGCAGAGAAGAUUGAGCGGACAGUGCAGAUUGAGGCCUCGACGGUGGAGAUUGAGGAGAGGGGGGUGAAGCUCCGCCUCACCGUGGUGGAUACUCCUGGAUAUGGAGAUGCCAUCAACAGUCAAGACUGUUUUAAGACUAUCAUCCAGUACAUUGACAAUCAGUUUGAGCGCUACCUGCAUGAUGAAAGUGGCCUGAAUCGCAGACACAUUGUGGACAACAGAGUUCACUGCUGCUUCUAUUUUAUAUCUCCAUUUGGACACGGACUGAAGCCGCUGGACGUUGAAUUCAUGAAAGCCAUACACAGCAAAGUGAACAUCGUCCCCGUCAUCGCAAAAGCGGACACUCUGACACUCCGAGAGCGGGACCGCUUGAAGCGGAGGAUCCUGGAUGAGAUCAGUGAGCACGGCAUCCGCAUCUACCAGCUCCCUGACGCAGACUCGGACGAGGAUGAGGAGUUCAAAGAGCAGACCCGUGUCCUAAAGGCCAGCAUUCCUUUUGCUGUGAUCGGCUCUAACCAGCUUAUUGAGGUGAAGGGGAAGAAGAUUCGAGGGCGUCUGUACCCUUGGGGUGUUGUGGAGGUGGAGAACCCUGAACACAAUGACUUCCUCAAACUGCGCACCAUGCUGGUGACUCAUAUGCAGGACCUGCAGGAAGUGACUCAGGACCUACACUAUGAGAACUUCCGCUCAGAAAGACUGAAGAGAGCCGGCAGGUCAGUGGAGGAUGAAGUGCUGGACAAAGAUCAGAUCUUAAUGGAAAAGGAGGCUGAGCUGAGACGCAUGCAGCAGAUGAUUGCUCAAAUGCAGGCUCAAAUGAAGAUGAAGCCCGGAGACGAUUGAAAAAGAUAAUGUAUUUUGUGUUUGUUUGUUGCAGUAUCAAUAGAAAGCCAGAGAUCCACUAUGUUACUGGCUUCAUUAUUUCAAUCCCUGUAUGUACUAUCAUUCUGCCCACUUCAAAACUCUACUACGGUUCAUUUUUCUUUUACCAUAUAUAAGUCACAAAUAGGAUUAUUUCAGCGCAUCACUGCAUGUGAUCAACUUGAUCCACAUAGACCGAUCUGACUGUUAACUAAAUCUAUUAUUUAAUCUUAUUCAUUAUCUUAUGAAUAUACCACCAUGUUAAUUGUUUUUAAUUUGCAUGGACCCAUGUGACAUUGCAAAUAAUUUAUCAUGACUGAAGCAUUAUUAUUCUUAUAGCAGUGGGAUGUAUAACUGUAAAAUGCUUCAGGUUCAGUACUUCCACACUCCGUCUCUCUCUCUCUCUCUCUCUCACACACACACACACACUCUUUCUCUCUCUCUCUCUCUUUCUCUCUCGCUCUCUCUCGCUCUCUCUCUUUCUCUCUCGCUCUCUCUCUCUCCAUGCUGUCAUGUCUGUUGCUGGCUACAAACAACUCGCACUGUACCAGUCACCUUUCACAUUUCUCGUGCUUAUAUAUGCCCCGCUACUGAUUGUUCUAUACAGACAGAGGUUAAUGGGAACUGAGAUAAUAGUAGUAGUAUUUGACUUCACGCUCUGUUAUUACCGACAUGGGAAUUUACUAUUUAAACUCACAAGUGCGUUAGCCUUGUUCACAACAAGCGCCGUAUGGUCCCAGCAGUUUUUCUUAUAAUUGGAUGUCAAAGUGUGUGAAUUAAAGUGCCUUAGUUUCUGUGCCUUGGUGAAAUAUUAUCAGUCGUGGUCUGUAGCAGUUUCGUUACCGCAUGAGAGAAUGCCAUGAACGACUAAUGUUUCAGUACGUGCUCCAUCAGUUUUAUGCAUUGGUUGCCACUAGGGGGCAGCAACCACCAGUAAAACCAGGACAAUAUUUCAAAAGGAGUUUUUUUUUUUUUUUUUUUUUUUUUUUUUUUUAAGUCCUCUUGGACUCUUGCAAAAGAUUAUCACAGUUCAUUAAUUCAAUUCAGAAGCAAAUACUGAACUAUAGAUUCUUUUCAAAUACAAAAUGCCAAGUCUAAACAUAAUUUUACACUAAAAUUAAAUCCAGAAAUAAACAUUCAUAUUACAUACAUACAUACACCACAGUAUGCAACCAAAUAGACAGUUAAAACACAUAAAUAAGGAGGUCAUGAUUUAAUACAUGAUUAAUCACUGAUGUUAACAGUUACUUUAGUUCAGCUUACCAGGGUCACGGUCAAUUAUGUUGAAUUGAAGAAGUGAUCAGUGUUAAUCAUUAAUUGUGUAAUUUCUCAUUCUUUGACCUUAUUUUCUUGGACAUAUUAUUAACGCAGUUCCUCAGGUAGAUUUCUGAGAGCAUAUUAAGAUAUAAAUCUAAAUAUAGAUACAAGUGUAAAUGACUGAAAAUAUCACGGUUUUGUUGUUAUAGAUGUAAUAACACUUCAAAUUAUGAUAUUAACGGGAACCAAUUAAGUUGUGUAUUAAACAAAAGUGUUACACACUCCUCCAUUUUGGAAGCCUCUCUUCAUACCUAAAAUCUUUCCAAAGUGUAUCCUGAGGUCAUUUUCUCUAAACAAAGGGCCCUUCCCUUUAUUUCACUGUACUCAUUAGUGAAUUAUAUAAACAAUCUGCUGAUAUUUUGUGAAUGUUGUGACCCAGCCUUAAUUGUUCAUUUGGCUUAGUCAUUUCCUGUUUACAGACUAAUGUUUGUUUGAUUAUUUUUGCAUGUCCACGGUACAGUUCACAACCUUGUAUAAUGCUGAUGUUUUUGUUUUUGUACUCACUUGGAGAAAUAAAAUGUUCAGAAGUUCUCAGAAA